UCUAGGUGUCGCUGUUGACCACGUCUGCCUCCCACCCAUGAGUCAAUUCGUCCAUGUGAUGUGAAAAGAGGCUGCGUCUCAAGGCCAUUUUCAAAUUUCAUUGGUGAGCUUGUCAUGUGGUAGAGAGGCAUCCUGAGCAACACGGAGAUUGUUGUGCUAGAUAUGUCAACCUACAAAGGACAUCUCUCUCCUUUUUAAAACUUCUCCAAAAAUGUCCUUUCCCAACAGCUCUCCUGCUGCAAAUACGUUUUUAGUUGAUUCGUUGAUUGGCGCUUGCAGAACAGACAGCUUUUACUCCAGCAGCAACAUGUACAUGCCGUCCGGUGCAGAUAUGGGAACUUAUGGAAUGCAAACCUGUGGACUCCUGCCGUCUCUCGGUAAACGAGGGGACGUCAACCACCAAAAUAUGGGCAUGAAUGUCCACUCUUACAUACCUCAAAUUGAUAACUGGACAGAUCCGAAUAGAUCUUGCAGAAUAGAGCAACCAUCCAACCAGAUGCCCAAUUGCACAUUUUCACAAAACAUUAAGGAGGAGAGUAAUUACUGCAUGUAUUCAGACAAGAUAGCAAAGGUCAACUCGUCCGAUGUCCCUGUAUAUUCUAAUAUAAUCCCCGAAUCGUGUUCAGUUGAUGGCCCCGAGAUCCCUGUUCCGGGCUAUUUCAGACUGAGCCAAACUUACGCGAGUGGGAAACACCAGGACUAUGGCCACGAGAUGGCGAGUCCAAACACCACAUUGAUGCAGCUCAACAGAAUGACUCCCAAACCGCAGUUGUCUUCCUUUGUCGAAGUGGAAAAGAAAACAGCUGAUAUACCGCAUAACCGUGAGAUCAGCAGGACACCCAUCCCCGCGGAAAGCCCGGAUCCAAAGUCGAGCGCGCAGGAGGAGAAGAAUUGCUCCACUGAAGCAUCAGUCUCCAGCCCAGAGUUGCCAAAGAAGGAAGCGAAAGACAACAAAACUGACCCUCCAACGAGCAAUUGGUUGACUGCAAAAAGCGGCAGGAAGAAAAGAUGCCCCUACACAAAGCACCAGACGCUGGAAUUGGAAAAGGAGUUUUUAUUCAACAUGUACCUGACUCGAGAGCGCCGUCUAGAGAUCAGUAAAGGCGUCAACCUCACCGACAGGCAAGUCAAGAUCUGGUUUCAAAACCGCAGGAUGAAGCUCAAGAAAAUGAGCAGGGAAAACCGAAUUCGGGAACUUACCUCAAAUCUCACCUUUUCGUGAGCAUGCUUACAAAUGCUUGUUUUAUUGGCCUUUUCCUCUCUCUUCAAAGUAGUGCUGUGGCAGCAUUGGACUUGUUUUUUUGUUUUGUUUUUUCACUGAAACUGUGACUGUAUUUGCUAUUUUUGUCUCAUUUACAUUGUGACGCAUUGUGUAUUUUGAAUGUUUCAUCACAGGGUACAUACAGGAGGCUAGGUCUUAAAUUAUUAAAAUAUAGUAGGUAUUCAUUAUUGGACUGUUUGGUUUGAUUGAGUCUAAGGAAGUCACAGUGACUUGUUUGUAAGAUAUUUUUUUCGGACAUGAAAGCACAUUAAUAGUGGUUGAAUAGUUAAACAUUCGUUUAAGAGUUAAGCGCAAACCGUCAGCU